UAUUGUGUCUGGUUUCAUCCAUCAGAUGUCUGUGAUCUCACACUGGACCCAAACACAGUAGACAGACUCCUCUCUCUGUCUGAGGAGAACAGAAAGGUGACAUGUAGGAGAGAGAAGCAGCCGUAUCCUGAUCACCCAGAGAGAUUUGAGGUCUGGGGACAGGUUCUGUGUAGAGAGGGUCUGACUGGGCGCUGUUACUGGGAGGUAGAGUGGAGUGGGAGAGGGGCUGAUAUAGGAGUGACAUAUAAAGGAAUCAGCAGGAGAGGAGGGGGUGAUGACUGUUGUCUUGGAUUCAAUGACAAGUCCUGGAGUCUGUUCUGCUCUGACAACAGUUACACUGCCUGUCACAAUAGUAAUCCCUCUACCAUAGACGUCCCCUCCUCCAGCUCCCACAGAGUAGGAGUGUAUCUGGACUGGCCAGCCGGCACUCUGUCCUUCUAUAGAGCCUCCUCUGACACACUGACCCACCUGAUCACAUUCACCUCCACAUUCACUGAGCCCCUCUAUCCUGGGUUUAGGGUUUGGGGUGAUGGUGCCUCAGUGUCUCUCUGUCAGUGAUACACACACACACACACUGGGCAAACACACACACACACUGGACAAUCACACACACACACUGGACAAAGACACACACACU